AUGCCACCCCGCAACCACGACCUCCCCUCCGAUGAAGAUGACAACGACGCCCUCUUCGCCGCCCUCGAAAGAGAAGAAGAUAACCCCUCUUACAAAGCCCAGCGCAUCGAACAGCUGCAAUCAGAACUAGCGGCCCGCGCCCAACAGCAACAAGAACAACAUCAAAAGAACAGCAGCAGCAACAGCAACAAACUCGACGAUAAUAAUAACGCCACAACUUUCCAAAACACCCUCGUCCCCACACUCCCAUCCGACCAAUCCCUCCUCGACUUCACAACCCGCCACCCCCGCUGCGUCAUCCACUUCUCCCACCCGGACUUUGCGCGCUGCGCUGUGAUGGACAGACACAUCCACGCCCUCGCAGGCCUCCAUCACGAGACCCGCUUCGCGACCGUGGAUGUUCGCAGGAUACCAUUUGUCGUGGAGAAGCUAAAGGUGAAGGUGCUGCCGUGCGUGAUUGGGUUUGUGGACGGGGUGGGUGUGGAGAGGAUUGUGGGGUUUGAGGGGCUGGGGUACGGCGGGCGGCACGACGCUGAUGAGGAGUUUCGGUCGGGAGAGCUGGAGAGGAGGUUGUUGCGGCGGGGUUGCUUGGUUAAGCGGCGGAUUGGGGAAGGGGAUGAGGUUGGGAGUGACAUUGAUGGGGAGGAGGAGGAGGAAGUUCGGAGGGAACGGGGUGGAAGAGGGAUCAGGGGUGGGGUGAGGAGGGGUCGGGAGGUUGGUGAUGACGAUGAUGGCGAUGAUGAUUGGGAUUGA